UUUAUGUGUAUCACCCACCUGUCGCUUAUGCAUUGCUUGCAUUGGAUCCUUUUGCUCUUGUAUUGACGCUGGUAACAGGCAAACAUCAAGCCCUCACCAACAACUAAGGUAUACCAAAACACUCUCUGCCCGGUCUCUCUAGUUAUCUCUCUUUCUCUAUCUUGAAGCUCUCCACUCUCAAUCCCCGCUGCCACGCCGCUCUAUCCCACUGCCGCUGCCGCUGCCGUUGCAGAGAGCCCACCAAGGCGGCCACUAAGAGCCCUACAAUCACCCACCCGCUCCAUUCCUACGCCUUUCUGCGAUCGUCCCUUGAUUCCAUUGCAAACUGUCCCCCUCACCCCUUGUCGCUUUUUGCUCUGUCAUGACGUCGAUAACUGUAACUUCAUGAGUCGUCACAUGUACCGCUCUUCUAUGUCAUCGCCCGAUCCCUCCGCUCCGGGCCUCCGCUCUCUCGACUGCCGAAGCCCUCCGGCUCCUUCGGCGUGUGAAAUACCAGCCUCACCUCACUCACUUAAGCGUCUCAAAGGAGUAAAGACAUUUGGUUGCAUCAUGAACGACAUUACUUGGAUGCCGCGCCGUGCCGUACAUAGAUCCUUUCGGGCCACUCGCGUCACUGAGCACACAUCCAUCAUUUUUCGGUUCGAGUUUCUUUCACGCCUCCGAAAUUCGUUACGCUUCGACCUGAUCCUCUGCCUCGACCACAUGGUCCAUCCGCUGACAUUAUUGGCUGACUUGCAGCGACGCUCUAAUUCUACAGACCAUCUCAAUGACAAAUUAUACCAACCGCUGAAACACCGUGGUAUCUUUAUAAAAAGACUCAACACGUUUGAGGGUAGGUCUCUCUCUAAUCCUCAGAAGACACUGUCACUUUCGUAUAUGUUUAUUGAACUUGGUACUGCACAUUAGUAUUCAUCGUGAGAUAGAGUUACUUAGCUAAGGAAUAUAUAUCCCAGAACUGUUUUUGCUAGGCAGCAUCCAUAAAGCCAACUGACACUCGCUAUAUACCUUCUUAAGCAUUGUUAUACUGCACAUAUAAAUAAAUACCCUG